GCAUUUAUUUAUUUAUUCCGGCUUCAGAAUAGAAUAAAGAGAAUAAAUUGCGCUUUGUCGGGAAAAUAGUGAAAAAAUAGAUGUUAAAGGAAGAAAACGUACAAAUAUUUGAUUACAAUUAAGUUCCUUUAAACACAGCUGAUCAAAAUGUCCUAUUAAAUCCAAAUCACAGGAAGAAUACGUUUGGAAUAUCAAUUUAAAUAACAUCUGGAAGGUUUUAACGUAAAUAAACCGAAAUUUUUCUUGCAAAAAGAUGGCAGAUUCUUUCAAUUUUCAUUGGUUAAAACACGCGCUGUUUUCGCAAAUAGAAACUUAACUUUUAGUGCUUAUCGUUUAAAUAAUUCAAAUAGACAAUGGACGAGGAGGAAUUAACGUUACCUGCGGAUACAUUACAAAUACUCAAUGAUUUUCUGCAAGAGAAGGCACAACGCGAACGCGAAGAGUUAGAUCGGAUAGAAAAUCAAGCCGGCACAGAAGCAAUGUUCGAGGAAGAUUGGCAAUUGAGUCAGUUUUGGUACAGCGAAUCAACGAAACAAGCGCUUGGAAAUGUAAUAAGAAAACUGCUGGCGGAACAGGAAAGUAAGGCAGACAAGCUGAGUUACCGCAUAGCACUACUCUCCUGCCCAUCACUAUACGGCACAGUAAAGCAAGUGCACGGAAAUGUGAAAAUCUUCGAGUUCGAUAAGCGCUUCUCAGUCUAUGGCGACGAUUUUGUGUUUUAUGAUUUUAACAGCGCAGACGAAAAUGGAUACUUGGAAGAAUAUAAGGACACAUUCGAUAUUAUUGUAGCCGACCCACCAUUUCUAUCUGAAGAAUGUAUUAUGAAAAUCUCUAAAAUCAUAAAAAAAUUGCAGAAAUCGAGUACAAAAAUAAUAUUUUGCUCGGGCGCCAUUGUAGAGCCAUGGCUCACACAAAGUUUACAGCUGAAAAAGUGUUCCUUCGAGCCAGCGCAUGAACGUAACUUGGGCAACGAGUUUGUUUCGUAUGCGAAUUUCGAACUUGACAAUUACGUGCAUACAUAAUUUAGAAAUAUAAGUAGUAUAAAAUAAGUUUAAUAAAAAUAAAUUUAAUUUAUUUAUACACUGA